CACACAGUCCCAUCUUCUCUUCGACCUUAUCCUGCAAACCCAUCUUCUACAACCGUCGUCAGAACCCGUGUAUCCUGCCUAUCAUCAUCUUCAUCAUCACCAAGAAUGGAUCCUCAGACCAAAUUCAUGGAAUUCCCACAUGUAUCCGCCCCAAUCAGGGACCUAAUGCUGGGACUUGUAUCUUCGGUAGAAACCCAUCUGGGCUCUUCUCUUCUCCCUUGUUCUCUUCCACCUGAUGUGCAGUACUAUCAGAACCCCAAUGGCAAUGCUGAAGGCACCGUCUUUGUCAGAUCCGCCAUUCCCUCUUCCCCUGUUGAUUUUAUAUUGGGAAGCUGGAUUAACUGCAAGCUGCCAUCCGGAGGAGCCUUGAACAUAGCUAGCCUUUCAACCUAUUUGAAACCCUCAACUAAUGCCCCAAAUUUUUUAAUUGAGGUGAUCCAGAGUACUCCAACAUCUCUGGUUCUCAUUCUUGAUAUGCCUCCAAGAAAAGAUCUUGUCCUAUAUCCUGAAUACCUCAAGACAUUUUACGAGGACACUGAAUUGGACAGGCACAGGCAACUUCUUGAGAAGCUGCCUGAGGUAACGCCUUACUCUUCCCCUUCUCUGUAUAUCCGAGCUCUUAUCUCUCCAACAGCUAUUCUUGUUCGCAUAGAAGCUGAAGCUGGUGAAAUAACGAGAAUAGACGAGAUAAUUCGAGAUAAUUUGAGUCCUAUUGCUAAUGAAAUGAUCGAGGUAUGGUUAAGUUUGUGUGCAUCUGUGGAUAAAGAAGUGGGAGAGGCUGAGAUGGCUUACUUGGAAAAAAGGGAUCUAAUUACGAAGACAAAGACUAUUGAGAUUGAUCUUGGCACCAACAUUCCAAGAUUGUUUGGGCAGGAAAUUGCAGACCGAGUUUUAGGAGUUUUAAGGGGAGUUUUCAAUGUUUGAUCCUGCUAGUCCUGUGACUCCUUGUACCGAAUAACAAUUUUAACUAUCUCGUGUACUGUUUGUAUUAAGUUGUAGAUAAUUUGAUUGCUGUAAUUAUUAUUUAGGAUUGUAGCAUGUAAAAGUGCAGAAGUAAGAUAUUACAUACACAAUGUAUUUAUUUAUCUGGUAUGUGUGAACUACUCUACAUUUACUGGGUUUCGAAGCUCCAAGAGUCUGGUAGCAAAAUGGACUGUUCCAGAAAUCUAUGUGGCUGCUCUGCUAUCCUUCCUCCUCUUCAUGAUCCACAAUCUCGUUCACAUCAGAGCACUACACUAUAUCUUACCAAACCCUCUCCUCUUCUUGGGUCUCCAAAAAUUUUUCGAGAAUCCAUCCAAGAAAGCUUUCUGAGCUCAAUUCCUCCAAUGGCUACCCUCUAAAUGCAGUUUCUUUGCAAAAUGUUGAAUGUCAAAGCCCUUUGCAGAAAAACUACCUUUUCCAAAGCCUGAGAAGCAGAGACCACUCUCAGCAUAACUGUUGGUGCUUCAGGGGGCACUUUCCAAGAAGAAGAUUUUUUCUGCAGUAUGUGCUCCUUUUUAUGAAGAUUUUCUACCUGAGCUUCCAUUUCUGUAUUGAUUUUCGUUUAUUUGGUCAUCUAAGAUUUUCAAGGCCUAGAUAGUAGAGAACGUAAUUAUUAUUGUCACACGGUCUGGUAAACCUGUUCCCGAAUGUUGUUUGCUAACCAUAAUUGUGCAAAACUUCAUUGUCUUUGGUUAUGCUCGGACCAAAAUAACUGAUGAGGAGCUGAGAAGCAUAAUUAGCACAGCCUUGACAUGUAGAAGUUGACAAAAGAGAAAAUUGCAAGGACAAAAUGGAACAACUUCUUAUGAAAUGUUACUAUGACAGUUUGGAGGGCACCUUUGCAGAACGGGAAUGCAAGCUCAAAGAGAAAGAGAAUUGACCAUUAGCUGGAAAAGGAAGCUGCUGAGAAUCUGCUAGUGGUUCAAUUCUCAAAUCUGGUUUUGGAGCCUGUUUGGUCUAGAAUUUACAUAAGCAAUGAGCAAUUUAUCUUCCCUAGUACCCAGGGAUGAGGAGGAGUAUGGAUGCUCAUUAUUUACAGUUAAGAUGCGGCAUGGUGGUAGAAUUGAAGGGGAUAAAUAUAAGAGUUAUGUUGGUGCAGAGGUAGACUAUUUUGAUCUUUGUGAUGGUGAUAGAAUGUCAAUGCAUGAGAUUAAUGAUAUGGUGAAAGAGUGUGGCUACAACAAGGAUGUCAUAUUGUACUAUUAUCUUGAUCCAAGAAGUGAUAUCAACAAUGGAUUGAAAGAACUCCAAACUGACGAGCAUAUCAGAUAGUUUUGUAGUUGGGUGGAGCAGUUCAAGUUGAUGGAAGUGAUAUGCGACCAUGUUCCAGAUGACGAGGUGUUAAAAAUUCAAACAAAAACCAUCGUAGAGCCACCGGAUGUGCACAAGUCUACAGUGAUCGUUGAGGAAAUUGAUGAUGGGGAGGAACGUCAAACAAUGAAUGCGUGUAAUAGUAAAUCUGUGAAGAAAAAGGGUAGAUUCCGUACACGAUCAUUUGCUGCUUUAGAGUGGAAGGAUAGCACUAUACAAAAAAAAGCAGUGCAUGAAGCUAUUGACCAAGGUGAUGCACCUACAAUUACAGCAGGCUUGCACUCAACUUCUGGAGAUGGUGAAAAUGAGGGAGAAGGAGGCGAGUGUGAUGAUGGGGAUGGAACAUGUGACGAGAGGGAAUUUGAACAAUACACAGAUUAUUAUCGGGACGAUGAAAUGUAUGAAACACAAAGUAUGCAGCAGCCUCCAACACAAUGUGGUCAACCACAUGAAACUCAUGCUGAGUCAAGUGAAAGGCAGCUAGAAAAUGAAAUUGAUAUUGGCGAAGGAGAUAGUGAAAGGCAGCCAAGUGAGCAACCUAGCCAGGCAGGAACUCAAGCAUCAAAAAUUACAAAUUUGAGGAGUUCUAGGUUGAGCAGCAAAUGGAAAGGUGAUGUCACAGCUGCUGAAACUACACGGGAAAGUGAAGACCGUGGCCCCCAAACUACACAGCAAACACGGGCAACCAAUGCUAGCAAUGAAAAUCCACUUUUGAAUGAUGGAAUGGAGAUGGAACUCAACAGCAAUAAUGGGUCGUCUGACGAGGAAAUCCAAGAGGUAAACAUGAAUUAUACUAACUUUGAUAUGGAGAAGUUUAUGAAAAAUCCUGAAUUUGAGGUUGGUAUGAAAUUUGGAAGUAAGGGUCUGUUUAGAGAAGCUAUUAGGAAUUACUCGAUUCUUACUGGGAGACCCGUAUUUAUGUACACAAAUGACAAAUCUAGAUUGAGGGCAAAAUGUGUGGCACCCUGUCCGUGGUUUGUGUAUGCUUCUAAAGUUCCAGCAUUGAACAACUCAGAUUUUGUUUUGAAGACAUUGAAUGAUGUUCACAAUCAUUGCAGUCAUGCCUGGAAAAAUAAACACAUGUCUACCUCUUGGCUGGCAAACAGAUAUGAAGAUCAAAUAAAGUCAAAUAUGUAUAUGCCAGCAAAGCAAAUUAGGCAGGCUGUGGAUGAACAAUACAAGUGUGAGAUUAGUAGAAGUAUGGCUUACAAGGCAAGGACUAAGGCUAGGAAGAAUAUUAAGGGAAGUGUAGCAGAACAAUAUGCUUUUGUUUGGGAAUAUGCUGCUGAAUUACAGAGGACCCAUCCAAAUACAACAAUUGACAUUCAAUACAAUCCGAGAAAUGAUCCUGAUGAGAGACCUACAUUUACCAGAUUCUAUUGCUGUUUAGGACCUCUCAAAAAGGGGUUUAAUGAGGGUUGUAGGCCCAUUAUAGCACUUGAUGGGUGUCACACAAAAGGAGCAUAUCUGGGACAAUUGUUGACAGCUAUUGGGACAGAUCCCAUUAAUGGAUGGUGACCCAUUGCUUGGGCUGUUGUUGAAAAGGAGGAAAGAGAGCAGUGGCAUUGGUUUCUGAGCUUAUUGAUUAAAGACUUACAAAUAGCCACUGCCAGCAGUCAUUACACAUUUAUUUCGGACCAACAAAAGGGGCUUGAUAGUGCACUUUUGGAACUUCUUCCAUAUUGUGAACACAGAUUCUGUGUUCAACACAUGUACAGGAAUUUCAAGAAAAAACAUCCUGGGCAGAUUUUAAAAGAUAGACUAUGGAGCAUUGCAAUAGCUACAACUGUUGAGUUGUAUGAGGCAGAACUUGAUGACUUGAAAGAGUAUGACCAGCUUGCAUAUGCAUGGGUCAAAAGGGCACCACCACCACAGCAUUGGUGUAAGGCGUUCUUUCCUCAUCAUGUUAAAUCUGAUAUGUUAGUUAAUAAUCUCUGUGAGACGUUUAAUGCAAAAAUAUUAGAAUACAGGGAUUUACCUAUUAUUGGAAUGAUGGAAGGAAUUAGGGAGUAUUUAAUGGGUAGAAUAGGAGAUAGGGCGGCUUGGAUGAAAAAAUGCCCUGGUGCUGUUGGUCCAACUAUUAAGGAGUUGAUUGAAGAGAGGGCAAAACAGUCUAGGAAAUGGAAAACUGUGGCAAAUGGUGAUGGGGGUUAUCAAGUCAAAGGGCCUAAAGGGGAACAAUAUGCUGUAUAUGUACAAGAAAGAACAUGUACUUGUAACUUAUGGCAAGUUAGUGGCCUGCCAUGCUGCCAUUCCAUUGCAGCACUUCAUAGAAUGAAUGAGGACCCGUGCAUGUAUACUGAUGGGUGUUACUCCAGGGAACUAUUUUUAAAAAUUUAUGAGAAUAUCCUCUACCCUAUCAGUGGAAAAGCACUUUGGCCAACUAGUACAAAUCCGGUGUUAGGCCCCCCAAUACCAUGUGUGCAAGCGGGAAGACCUAGAAAGGCAAGAAGAAAAGAUGUUAAAGAGAAUAGAAGCCACUCUGGGUCACAAAAUGCAACUGUCCACAAAAUGAAAAAACAUGUUGUUAUGCAUUGUAGAAACUGUGGUUUGGCAGGUCAUAAUCGAGCUACAUGCAAAGCUCAAGAUGGUGCUGAAACUGAGCAUUUAAGACAGCAAAAUGCAACUGGCCAACCAAACAAAUUUGUAGCUUCGGGUUGUAGUGAAGAGGAUGCUGUUCCCAAAUCUAGAGAAGAGAGUGUUAUGCAUGAAUCUGGUGAACAGAAUGCUGAAAAUGUUGACGUUGAAGUUGGCAAUUUUUUCCAACAAUAUGAUAAUAUUGCUGUUCAGCCAUCAACUUUAGAAGGUGCACAACAAUCAAUGGAAGGAGCAAAUGUUGCUGCCGAAGGUGACACUAGUAAUCCAACAGAGAUGUUGAGGACGAUUGCCAGUCCAACUAAUAAGAGGCAAAUUAGAAAGAUAAAGACCCCUGUCCGGCGAACUCGACCAGAUGCUCCCAGAACAAAAAUAGGUCAAAAAGAUCCUCGUCCGGCUGCAUCUACUGAUAAUACGCAGAAAAGGGUGGUCCAAAAAAAGAGAAAAUUGACGGAUGCCGAAAAGGGUGCGAUCAAUGCCAAUUAUGCAUAUUUGGGAAAAAAACCACCAUUCAAGGUUGGAAAUUGGGCAGGAAGAUCAUUUGGAAGAGGACGUGCAACUUAAUGAUAAACUGUUAAAUAACUUUUGUAGUCUUUUUGUAAAUCUUUUUGUAGAUCAUUGGGCAGGAAAAUGUAAUAGGUUUUUGUUGCCAUUUUGUGGGAGUCAAACAUACCUUUUGUCCACCUAUUGUAAUACAACCAAUUCUGAUCCAAUGCAAUGACUCUUUUAUUUGCCAUUCA